AAAAAAGUAUGAAAAGGAAGAAGUUGUAGAAGUGGCAAAGCAAACAAAAACAAAAGAGAAACAAAAAACGAGCAAAGUGUAUUGAAGUGAAAAGGGCAAAAGAAGAAACAAAAAAGAAGAAGCAGGAGCAUCACCAGAAGCUUGGUUAUGCGAUUGAUUUUCUCACGUCUUGAAUCGAGGAAACUUAGAAUUUGACACUUUUUGCUGAUUUGCUGAAUCAAAACCUUAAACAGUUGCUGCAAGCCCGGUGCAUGCGCUUUGCAACAGCAACAACAACAACAACCCAUUUUGCAAAGCGUGUAAAAAUUUUGACAUUAAAGCACGCCGAACAACGGAGUGCGGAUGAAAAAUGUGAAUUUAACAAAAAAUUGAAAAAUAAAUAAAUAAAAAAAUUCAAAUUAAAAACUAUCGUUUCAAUUGAAAAUUAAGGUCUUUGAACGAAACAACUUAAGUGCCGAUCUAUCUUGCGUGCUACAGAGCGUGUACGUGGCGUAAAAAACCGUCGGAAAUUCGGAAUUUCCCUCAUUUCCUCUACGCGACCAGUGAACAGCCGCCAACAUAACGGCGCAAUUAUUGAACAGUUUCCUGAAGGGAUCGCCCCACCAGACGACGAUCGACAUAAUGCAAAAGCUCUACUCGGAGGCGCCCAGCAGCGGGCCGCCGGUGAGUAUGAGCAGUAGCGUCGGCGCUGGUAGCGGCGGUGGUUCAAGCGGCGGUGGUGGCGCAAACACAGGUGGUGGAGGUGGCGGCGGCGGUGUGGGAGGUGGUGGCGGCAGCAGCGGAAAUGGUGGCAAUCCUACACAUCCACAUCCCAGCCAUCCGACCAGCAAUGGCGGUACCAUGAGUCCGCUAGCACGCAGCGCAUAUACCGCCAUGAAUUCCAUGGCCAUGCCAGUAGGUGGCAUGUCUUCAGUUUCACCACAAACUGCCGCUUUCGGUGCUUUGGAGUCCGCGGCGGCUGUGGCCAGCAUGAGCGGUAGCAUGGGCGCAGCAGCUGCUAUGAAUUCGAUGGCGGGCAAUUGCAUGACACCCAGUUCUAUGAGUUACGCCUCAAUGGGUUCGCCCUUGGGCAAUAUGGGCAAUUGCAUGGGUGGCGGCAUGUCGACAAUGGCAGCUAUGGGUGGCUACUCCUCCAUGGCGGCAGCGGCUAGUGCACGUGAAUUGGACACUGGCUCACCGAACUCGUUAAAUCGUGCACGCAUUGAUAAGCCCACAACGUAUCGCCGUAGUUAUACACAUGCCAAGCCGCCCUACUCGUACAUCUCGCUGAUAACAAUGGCGAUACAGAAUAAUCCGACACGCAUGCUCACAUUGUCGGAAAUCUAUCAGUUUAUCAUGGACCUCUUUCCAUUCUAUCGUCAGAAUCAGCAGCGUUGGCAAAACUCCAUACGCCAUUCGUUGUCAUUCAACGAUUGUUUUGUGAAGAUACCGCGCACGCCGGACAAGCCGGGGAAGGGCUCCUUCUGGACGCUGCACCCAGACUCGGGCAAUAUGUUUGAGAAUGGAUGUUACUUGCGUCGGCAGAAACGUUUUAAAGAUGAGAAGAAGGAGGCGCUGCGACAGCUGCAUAAGAGUCCGUCGCACAGCAGCCUAGAGGCGACAAGUCCCGGUAAGAAGGAUCACGAAGAUUCACAUCACCUACAUCAUCAUCACAGCCGUUUGGAUAAUCACCAGCAGCAUCAUCACAGCAAAGAUGUGACGAGCGCAGCAGUUGGUGGCGCUGUGCUUGGCAGCAGUGUGAGCCGUGAUCAACUCGCCCUAAUGCAGGCAAAUGCUGAACUUUGUCUGGGUCAACAGGCAGCACAACACGCGCCCAGCCAUCAUCAUCAGCAACAUCACCAGCUGCAGCACGAAGAGCUGUCGGUUAUGGUGAAUAGAUGCCAUCCAUCAUUGAUCAGCGACUAUCACUCCUCCAUGCAUCAUCUCAAACAGGAACCAUCCGGAUAUACGCCAUCCAGCCACCCAUUCUCGAUCAAUCGGCUGCUACCCGAGUCCAAAGCGGACAUCAAGAUGUAUGAUAUGAGUCAGUAUCCCGGUUACAAUGCGCUCAGCCCAUUGACGAACUCACACGCGGCCUUAGGACAGGAUUCGUACUAUCAAAGUCUCGGCUACCAUGCGCCAGCCGGCACGACAAGCUUGUGACAUCACCAGUACCCAUUGGCUUAAGGGCGAGCUGACCAGAUGCUGCGCAACGUGAAUGUGAAUGCCGCCAGUGGUAGUAGCAGCAUCUUUGGUAGUGCCGCCGCAGCUGCAGCGGCAGCUGCCGGUCUCAAUACGCUGCAUCAGAGCAAUCUCGGUGGCAAUAUCGGCAGCAGUAGCGCCGGCAGCGGCACAAGCAACAGCAAUGGGAAUACACACGAUGCCACACACACACUGGAUCAUCAACAUCAUCACCCCCACCACCUCCAACCGCAUCAUCAUGCGCAUCCGCAUCAUGCCAGCGUUGCGGCGCAUCAUCAUCAUCACCAUCAUCAACAGCUGAUGCAGCAACAGCAACGUAAAGCCUAUCUUAAGUCAAUGCAGCAACAUUAUCAACAACAGCAACAACAACACAGCGCCAGCGUCAGCAGUAGCAGCAGCACGCCCGGCUCACACAAGCUCAGCGCACAACAGCAACAAUUGUUGCAAAGUCAAUUGACGCCACCCGAGCUGCAAGAUGACGCCUCGAAUAUCACCAGCGAUCUGAAUGAGGAGCAGCAGUUGCAGCUACAGCAGGCAGCGCAGCAACAACAACAACAAUUGUACAGUAAUUACCAACAAUACGCGGCGGCGGCCAACUAUCGCAACUGGAAUCACGGGCUAGCAUUGAACGGCGCGGCGGCACUACAGAAUUUGCUAUAGUUCACGCGGGCUUAAAGCGAAACACAAAGCGCGGCUUUGUUGCGCAUCCUGACGCCGACGCCGGUCAGCCGUGUGACCAAAAGUGCUAACAAGAAGACGGUGACGGUGCACGUUUGAGAAAUAGUUCGUUACGCGCUCGCUAUAACAAUUAGCGUACAGUUGCUGACGUGCGUGCGUUGAACGGCAGCAGAUGGCGCUGGGUUGCGGCACCUCUUCCGAUGCGAAAAGGCAAAAGUGUAAGCCAACUUUGCGCGUCUCGCUAUCUACGUAUACCGCUAUUAUGCUCUUGCGUCGAUCAUUCAAUCGGGCGCUUAGUGACCUCCGGGCGGCGUGGUAACGGCGCAGGCGCGUGUGUGCUGCAGCGCAUGUGUAACCAAUGUAAAUAUGUAGAUUAGUUUAACUAUUUUUUCGUUUUUAUUCUACAUUUGUUUCUCGAAGUUUCAUUUAACGUUCGACGUCGUCUCAAAUCUCGCUUUGUCUUCUGCUCCGAUAUAUUCAAAGACUAAUCUCUCCUACUCGGCUUAUUUUUUAGUAUAACCUUUUUUCCUGUGGAGCUUGUAGAUAUGUAUGUAUGUACAAUUGAAGCUUAUAUUAUAUUACAUAAAAUAUAUGCUUACUUAUGUUUACAUAAUAUACUUAUGUACCAUGCAGUAGCUGGAUUUCUUCUUCAAGUAAGCAGCAAUCAAAAGUGAUUUAGUUGUAAGCAAAAAAACAAAAAAAAAAAAUGUUUUCCAAUAAAA